GCGUCAGGAAACGGUAGGGCUUUACGUCUCACCACGUCCUCCCUUCCGUCUCCGUCCGCCGUCACCGCUCCCACAACCCAACCAUCCGACCCUCGUUGAGGUCUCCUCCUCCUUUUCUUGUUGCCGGCACCGCCAACUCCGACGGACGUCAUCGUCUUAUUUCCUUCCCUCUUCUUUUGUGCUGUGGUCUUCUUGGGAGUGGGAGAGAGCAAGGAGACGGAGGAUGGCGCUGAGGCGGGCGCUGGGAUGGUCGGAUGGGGAACUGAUGCGGUCGGACGCGAAGCCGUGCACCCGUCUGUUGCGCCACACCGCCGGCAUCUUCAGCGUCGGUGGGGCCCUUGCUUUCUGGGUCCUCUGUCGCCUCCACUGUGAUCCCAUCUCUUUGUAUCCUCUUGUUCAUCAACCUGGUCCGAGGAUGGCAGUCCCACGGAGUCUACGCUGGGCUUCAUGCGGAGCAAUAUCACACUCACAAGAUAGGCAUCAAGUUGGAAAUGUUGAAACCUUUCCUGCGCUAGGUCUAUCUUCAACGGAUGCAUCCAGAGAAACUGGGAAAGAUACCACUUUUGCUGUGUCCAAGCUCUGUGUCAGACUUUGUCUUCAUGCCAGUGGUGUUAUUGCGGCAAAGUUCAAUUAUCAUCCGUUACUUGUAGAUGCAUUUCAUAAGAUCCCAAAGGCUAGCUGGCAUGGAAGGGAAAGACUAUGGAUGUUCCCUCUAUCAUCCUUGGAUGUGGCUGAGGAAGUUCUUAACGCGGUGGCUGGUGUGGAUGUUAAGGUUCAAAAGCUUGAUCCAUUAGUCCGACGUGCCCUUGCUGCUGCAUCUGCUGUUCCAGAUCUACGAGAAGAUCUAUAUGACAGGAUGCCAAGCUAUGUUGAAUCAAAACUUCUACCUUUCCAACGAGAAGGAAUUAGAUUCGUGCUGCAGCAUGGUGGACGUGCUAUAUUAGCUGAUGAAAUGGGUCUUGGAAAGACAUUACAGGGAAUUGCUGUUGCUGCUUGCAUUCCGGAUGCAUGGCCUGUUCUUGUUGUCACCCUGUCUUCCUUGCGUUUACAAUGGGCUUCUAUGAUUCAGCAGUGGCUUAAUAUAUCUUCUGCAGAUAUUCUGGUAGUUCUAUCUCAACGUGGAGGGGCUAACAAGGCUGGAUUCAAGAUAGUGUCCUCGAAUUUGAAGUCAAAUAUCCAUUUAGAUGGCGUUUUCAACAUAAUUUCUUAUGAUGUUGUUCCUAAGAUACAAGAUAUACUUCUGGCUUCUGAGUUUAAGAUUGUCAUUGCAGAUGAAUCACAUUUUAUGAAGAAUGCUCAGGCUAAGCGAACAAAUGCUUGUCUUCCAGUUCUUCAGAAAGCUCAAUACGCAAUUCUUCUGAGUGGAACUCCUGCUUUAUCCAGACCUAUCGAGUUGUUCAAGCAGCUCGAGGCCUUGUAUCCUGGUGUUUACAGAAAUGUUCACGAGUAUGGGAAUCGUUACUGCAGGGGUGGUUACUUUGGAUUUUAUCAAGGUGCAAGCAACCAUGAAGAGCUACAUUGUCUAAUGAAAGCAACUGUCAUGAUUCGCAGAUUAAAAAACGAUGUCCUCUCACAGCUGCCAGUGAAGCGUAGGCAACAAGUCUUCCUAGAUUUGAAUGAGAAAGAUAUGAAACAAAUUAGAAUUCUGUUUCGUGAGUUGGAGGUAGUGAAGAUGAACAUUCAGGCUUGUGAUUCCCCUGAGAAGAUGGAGUAUUUAAAAUUUAUGCAAAAAAAUCUUAUUAACAAGAUAUAUAAUGAUUCAGCAGAAGCUAAAAUUCCUGCAGUUCUGGAUUACCUGAGUACUGUUAUUGAGGCAGACUUCAAAUUCUUGAUAUUUGCUCACCAUCAGCCCUUGAUUGAUGCGAUACAUCAGUUUCUUCUUAAAAAGAAUGUUGGCUGUAUAAGAAUAGAUGGCGGUACCCCAUCAUCGAUGAGACAAGCUUUAGUAAAUGAAUUUCAGGAGAAGAUUGAAAUAAAGGCUGCAGUUCUUUCAAUCAAAGCCGGAGGUGUUGGAUUGAACCUGACCGCAGCAAGUACAAUCUUUUUUGCUGAGUUGACCUGGACUCCUGGUGAUAUAAUUCAGGCAGAAGAUCGUGCUCACCGGAUUGGCCAGGUUUCAUCGGUCAAUAUAUAUUACCUUCUCUCAAAUGACACUGUUGAUGACAUAAUCUGGGAUGUUGUUCGAAGCAAAUUGGAAACUUUGAGCCAGAUGCUCGAUGGUGAAGAAAAUACAUUAGAAGUGUCUUCCAGUCAAACAAGCAAAAGUCCUCAAAAGCAAGCAACUUUAGACACUCCUUUAUGAAACGCUGUGAUGGCGCUGGCGAUGGAUGCUCAGCACAUUGCAAUAACUCGAGUUAUGUACCAAUUAGUUAACAUUGUACCGUAGCAACAACAGGGAACUGUUACUCUGAGUUACGUACCAAUUAGUUAUUGUUUGACCUUCGUUGCAUGAGUGCGAUAUUUUAUUGUUUUCAAAAAGUAUUUCGACAGAAAUUACAAUGUCUCUGUUUUAAUUUAGAACAUUUCAAGGGUGACAAGUCUUUUCGUUGAUAAAGCCUUGGAAUCAGAUUCAAUAUGUAUAUUUCGUAAUCUUCCCGAGCCUUAUUGUACAAUGAUUUUCCUGUUCAA